CAGAGACAGGAUGGAGAGGCCUGUGCUGACCCUGGGGCUGCUGGCCACCCUGGUCGUGUGUGGCAGCUGGGGCCUGAAUGAGGAAGAGCGGCUGAUCCGGCACCUGUUCAAGGAGAAGGGCUACAACAAGGAGCUGCGGCCCGCAGCGCACAAAGAGGACAGUGUGGCGGUCUCCCUGGCCCUCACACUCUCCAACCUCAUCUCCCUGAAAGAAGUCGAGGAGACCCUGACUACCAACGUGUGGAUAGAGCAUGGCUGGACAGAUAGCCGACUGAAGUGGAAUGCUGAAGAUUUUGGGAACAUCAGUAUCCUGCGCCUGCCCCCUGACAUGGUGUGGCUCCCAGAGAUUGUGCUGGAGAACAACAAUGACGGCUCCUUCCAGAUAUCCUAUGCCUGCAACGUGCUCGUCUACGCCUCAGGAGGAAUGUACUGGCUGCCGCCUGCCAUCUUCCGCUCUUCCUGCCCCAUCUCCGUCACCUAUUUCCCCUUCGACUGGCAGAACUGCUCCCUCAAGUUCAGUUCCCUCAAGUACACGGCCAAGGAGGUCACCCUGAGCCUGAAGAAGGACACUGAAGACAACCGUACCUACCCUGUGGAGUGGAUCAUCAUUGACCCGGAGGGCUUCACAGAGAACGGGGAGUGGGAGAUAGUGCACCGGCCAGCCAGGGUCAACAUGGACCCUAGUGCCCCCCUGGACAGCCGCAGCCGCCAGGACGUGACCUUCUACCUCAUCAUCCGCCGCAAGCCCCUCUUCUACGUCAUCAACAUCCUGGUGCCCUGCGUGCUCAUCUCCUUCAUGGUCAACUUGGUGUUCUACCUGCCAGCCGACAGCGGAGAGAAGACAUCAGUGGCCAUCUCGGUGCUUCUGGCCCAAUCUGUCUUCCUGCUGCUUAUCUCCAAGCGGCUGCCUGCCACGUCCAAGGCCAUCCCCCUCUUUGGCAAGUUCCUGCUCUUUGGCAUGGUGCUGGUUGCCGUGGUCGUGGUGAUCUGUGUCAUCGUGCUCAACAUCCACUUCCGAACACCCAGCACCCACGUGCUAUCCAAGGGAGUCAAGAAGCUCUUCCUGGAGACCCUACCUGAACUCCUGCACAUGUCCCGCCCAGCAGAGGACGGACCCAGCCCUGGGGUUCUGGUGCGGAGGAGCAGCUCCCUGGGCUACAUCUCCAAGGCUGAGGAGUACUUCUCGCUCAAGUCACGCAGUGAUCUCAUGUUCGAGAAGCAGUCAGAGCGGCAUGGGCUGGCCCGGCGCCUCACCACUGCACGCCGGCCCCCUGUGAGCUCUGAGCAGGCCCAGCAGGAACUCCUCAGUGAGCUGAAGCCAGCUGUGGAUGGGGCAAACUUCAUCGUUAACCACAUGAAGGACCAGAACAAUUACAACGAGGAGAAGGACAGCUGGAAUCGGGUGGCCCGCACAGUGGACCGCCUCUGCCUAUUUGUGGUGACGCCCAUCAUGGUGGUGGGCACGGCCUGGAUCUUCCUGCAGGGUGUCUACAACCAGCCUCCACCUCAGCCUUUUCCUGGGGACCCCUACUCCUAUGACGUGCAGGAUAAGCGCUUCAUCUAGGGUGGUCUGCGGGGGAAGCCAUGUAAUUGUGGGACCUGAGGGAGAAGCAGCUCCCUGGGGAAGCCAGGUCCUGGUCCUGGGACUUGCACCACUCAGGCUGCUCAAGAAAGGGAGGGAGCAGUACCACUGUGCAAAUAAAGACAGAAGCCACCCAAGAUGGUCUGAGAGUGGACAUCGGCUGGAGGCGGGGAAAGCAGGACAGUUUGGGGGGAGGCAGGAGGCUGACUCAGGGGUCAGGGAGGACAUCACU